AUGUUAUUCGAUGGAUUCCUCUGCAUGGGUGGCGUAAAGCACUAUGUUGAGGGCGUCCCGCUCAACGACUUCUCAAUUGAGGGCUAUGGCGACUCUGACGACCCCACGACUGCAACAUAUGUUCAGUCCGCUUCCGCGAUGAAGGACCCAGCAUAUGACAUCUGGUAUAGGCUGAAUGAACCCACUCCAGCCUAUGCAAGACAUCAUCUUCCGUUCCUCUGGGUAGCCCAGUUAGCAAAGCACGUCCUAGAUUUCCUGGAUGCAAAAACGCGAGGGUCGAUCGGUCUGGACCAUUUUCGCUCUGCCUUCCAACCGUGGCUGACCGCACGAUUUAUCGGACAGACAACGUUCGAUGAAUGGUACCAUGCUCUCCACGACCGGCGGGACUUCCGAGUCUGCGUCAACGCCUACAUCGACUUCUUGUAUCAACAAGCAUACAACCUGCCAAAUUCGCGCAGUUUGCUUGCUCAUCCCCUAUGGGCUGAUUGCAUGACUGGCGGGUUGGUUCAGGUUGAGCCACAGGAGCGCAUCGCGAAAAGCACACUAGCAACACCUGACGUAUAUGCAUGCUUCAAGCACAUGUACUUCGGCAAGGUCAUAUGCCCAAUUGCGCUGUCAAAGGGUGUCAAGGCACAGCAGCAACAGCGAAGCGCUGAUAUGGGGUUCAUUGCAGCCGCAACUGGACCUGAAACAACACCGACACUUCACCCAUACGUGCAAGCUCUGGUGCAGGUUGGCGAUGUAGUUGCGUUUGAUCCAGACAGAGCAGACAAGCAGAAGUGGCGAAACGCAGACUGGGAAUGGCUAUUGCACGUCACGGACGUUGAGUUGACGCAAAAUGGUGCACAACGCCUUUUCGGGCUGUACCUAUACAGACCUCGCGAAACCAACAUCUUCAUUGCCCAAUAUCCCCGUCAGAAUGAACUCUUCUUCUCGGAUAAUUGCAAUUGCGACGACGGAGCGCUACUGUCUACACAUAUCAAAGGACGCUAUGACGUUGCAUGGUCUCCGACAACUAUACCAUCGAGCGCGUUCUUUGUGCGGCAGACAUACAUCACACAAGACAGUGCUUUCACAACGUUUACAGAGGGGCAUAAAAUCUGCGAAUGCAAGAAGCAACCAUCGAAGGAACUCAAGAGUUACACGCGCGGUGAGAGCGUGUAUAUUACGAAACUACUCGGCGACAAGAAGGUUCUGGAGCCUGUUGUGUUUCAUCAGUUACAAGAAGAUACGGCUCAUGUUAUCGUACGAUGUUUCGCCAGACUCGGCCGCGACCUGAAAGAACAAGCUACUCGCGUCCGGAAAGGCAUCAUAGCCGUGAACGAGCUGGUUCUAACUGAUACAUAUGAGAGCGUUGCAGCAUCGAGGAUCGAGAGAAAAUGCCAUCUACGGUUUGUGUCCAAGAACGACAUUCUGAACGAUCAGAUUCCUUUCCCAUACAAUCGCAAGGGUGCUGGCGACUACUGGUUUUUCUCUAUGGGUCUAUCGACGAAAGAUGGAACACCACGCCUCUUGUACUUGGCUCGGCCGCCCUAUUAUUUCAAGAAUGGUUGCGAAAUUGGUACGGAGACAACCACAAAGCUAGUAGGUAUGAGCUUAUUUAGCGGCGGUGGCAAUCUGGAUCGUGGUAUCGAAGAGGGCGGUGCAGUGGACGUUCAGACGGUGGUCGAAUGGGACGCUGCGGCCAUACACACGCAACGGGCAAAUGCUCGAAAUCCUACUACACAGCAAUUUUUUUGUGGUUCAGUAGACGAUCACCUCAGCAUGGCAAUUGCCGGUAGCGAUGAUCAGCUCGUCCCGUACAUUGGCUGCGUCAACAUCAUUCUUGCAGGAUCUCCUUGCCCCGGCUUCUCGACGUUGCAGCAGAACUUCACGAGUCCUCAGUCUAUCAAGAACGCAUCACACAUUACGACAAUCUGUUCCUAUGUGGAUAUAUAUCGCCCUGAAUAUGCUAUCUUGGAGAAUGUCGUUAGUAUGGCAGAUACGCGGAAAGGGUUCGAAGAUCAGAACGUCCUCAGUCAGCUCGUGGCUUUCUUUGUCUCUUUAGGCUAUCAGGUCAACCAAUACAUAAUGGACGCAUGGACCUUUGGUAGCUGCCAACGACGCUCUCGGCUGAUUUUGACCAUCGCAGCCCCAGGCUUAGAUAUGAUUCGGCAACCACUACAUACUCACAGCUUACCGCCAGACGACACAGCUGCGAGGAGUCUGGGAACGCUCCCAAACGGACAGCGUUUUGGAGGUAGAGAGUACUACCCUACACCAUUUACUCACUUUUCUGCAAAUACUGCCACCUCAGACCUCCCUGACAUAGGCAACGGCAACGUGCAAACGUGUAUCUCGCACCCCAGUCAUCGUGUGUCAGCCCAGCCAAGUCGCAAGGAACGAGCCCUGCUAGAUCUCAUCCCACAUAUUCCGCCGGGUUGCGGAUACAGAGAAGCCUAUAACCAGGGCAUCAUUCCGCUUGUAUUGCAAAAGCCUGGUAAGGAGUCAGACAGGGCUUAUCAACGGAUCAGAAAGGCUGCCUUAAUACCCACGAUCACCACAGGCCUCAGCAUCCAGGACUCGCGUAAUGGAGCAACUGUACAUUGGCAGCAGAACAGACCAAUUACGAUUAUGGAGGCCAGACGCACUCAGGGGUAUUUAGACCACGAGCCCAUCAUUGGUAGUCUUUCGGCACAGUACAGGAUUGUUGGCAACGGAGUCGAUCGACAGGUAGCAUUUGCACUUGGGCGGGCUAUACGGCAAGCCGUUAUUGCCAACAUGCAAAGAGGUCUAGGCUCCAGCACCUUCAGGGCGCCGACACUCGUCGACGUGGAGAACGAUGACGAUCAUUUUAGUGACACAGCAUCGAUCCAUUCCGGCAUAUUCAUGAAUGUGCCAACACCUCGGAAUAGCGAAGCUCAUACUACCAACGCAUCGGCAAUGUCAUCGAAAUGUUCACGGCGGAUAAUAGGCUCGACAGAUGGCGAUGUGAGUGACGAGACAUCAGUCCCAGGUAUUCUCGGCCUAGACGGUGCUUCAGAUGCUCGAGACACGCCUCUUACAGCUCCUCGGCCGAACACCUCUGGUAUUCUGUCCAGGGUGUCUACGACGAUUGCCAACAGUAUCAAAGGACUGGCUGAUCGAUCAUUGCGCUACCAAUCAACUUCAGCAACGUCUGUCAUUUCAACACCAUCACCAUUCAAGCGAAGCCACGACGAGUCCUUGGACGAAUCCAGCAACUUCACAACGGAGUCUUCCGAUUGUACAAGAAAACAAAUAAAGCUCAGCAAUCAUACACAAUCAGACUCCUAUAAAAGCGCUGAGACGAGUAGAAAUACAUGGAGGAGAGACAGGUCUCUGUCAAAGGCCCGCUACACGCGACAUUCUGGUCUGGAGGUUGCCUUUACUCCCAAGCAGUGGAACAAAAGGCCUGAGAGUGAAGACUCGACUAGAAAGUGA